AUGGAUUCCUUGGACCAUAUGCUGACGGAUCCCUUGGAACUGGGUCCAUGUGGAGAUGGCCAUGGCACACGUAUUAUGGAGGACUGCCUCCUGGGGGGCACCAGGGUUAGUCUGCCUGAGGACCUUCUGGAGGAUCCCGAAAUAUUCUUUGAUGUAGUCAGCCUCUCAACAUGGCAGGAAGUAUUGAGUGAGUCUCAGCGUGAACACCUCCAGCAGUUUCUGCCUCACUUUCCUGAAGACAGUCUCGAGCAGCAGAAUCAGCUCAUCCUAGCCUUGUUCAGCGGGGAGAACUUCCGCUUUGGGAACCCUCUGCACAUUGCCCAGAAGCUUUUCCGAGAUGGACACUUUAACCCCGAGGUGGUUAAGUACCGGCAGCUGUGCUUCAAGUCCCAGUACAAGCGAUACCUCACCUCCCAGCAGCAGUAUUUCCAUAGGCUGCUGAAGCAGAUCCUGGCUUCCCGGAAUGACCUGCUGGAGAUGGCCCGACGGAGUGGCCCGGCCCUUCCCUUCCGCCAGAAGCGCCCUUCACCAUCCCGCACCCCUGAGGAGCGGGAGUGGCGGACCCAGCAGCGCUACUUGAAGGUCUUGAGGGAAGUGAAGGAGGAGUGUGGUGACACAGACCUGUCCUCUGAUGAAGAGGCCACGUUGGAUUUACAAGAAAAAUUUUCUUUUGAAGAUCUCAGCUCAUGGCUUCCGAGCUCUCCAGCGCGUUCUCCUAGCCCUGCGGUGCCCCUGAGGGUGGUGCCCACGCUUUCAACCACGGAUAUGAAAACUGCAGAUAAAAUAGAACUGGGGGACAGUGACCUGAAGAUAAUGUUAAAGAAGCACCAUGAGAAGCGGAAACAUCAACCAGAUCAUCCGGACCUUUUGACAGGGGACCUGACUCUCAAUGACAUCAUGACUCGAGUAAAUGCUGGCAGGAAGGGCUCUCUAGCAGCACUAUAUGACUUGGCUGUCCUUAAAAAAAAGGUUAAGGAAAAAGAGGAGAAGAAGAAGAAGAAAAUAAAACUGAUCAAAUCAGAGGCAGAGGAUUUGGCUGAACCCUUAAGCAGUGCUGACGGGAUCCCACCUCUCUCACAGGCCCCUUCUCCGCUGGCUAUACCUGCUAUCAAGGAGGAGCCUCUUGAAGAUCUCAAGCCUUGCCUUGGAAUCAAUGAAAUAUCUUCCAGUUUCUUCUCUUUGCUAUUAGAGAUCUUGUUGCUGGAGGGGCAGGCUAGCCUUCCUAUGCUGGAGGAACGGGUUUUGGAUUGGCAGUCCUCUCCAGCCAGCUCCCUCAAUAGCUGGUUCUCUGCGGCCCCCAACUGGGCAGAGUUGGUGUUACCAGCCCUGCAGUAUCUUGCUGGAGAAAGUCGUGCUGUACCUUCCAGUUUCUCUCCGUUUGUUGAAUUCAAAGAGAAAACCCAGCAGUGGAAAUUGCUUGGCCAGUCCCAAGAUAAUGAAAAGGAAUUAGCUGCACUCUUUCAACUAUGGCUAGAAACCAAAGACCAGGCUUUCUGUAAGCAAGAAAAUGAAGACAGCUCAGAUGCCACAACACCUGUUCCUCGGGUAAGAACUGACUAUGUGGUGCGGCCCAGCACGGGGGAGGAGAAACGAGUUUUUCAGGAACAGGAGCGUUACAGAUACAGCCAGCCCCAUAAGGCAUUCACCUUUCGCAUGCAUGGCUUUGAGUCUGUAGUGGGGCCUGUGAAGGGUGUUUUUGACAAGGAAACCUCGCUCAACAAGGCUCGGGAGCACUCCCUGCUGCGCUCUGACCGUCCUGCCUACGUUACCAUCCUGUCUCUUGUUCGAGAUGCUGCAGCCCGGCUGCCUAAUGGGGAAGGUACCAGGGCCGAGAUUUGUGAGCUGCUCAAGGACUCCCAGUUUCUGGCACCAGAUGUCACCAGCACUCAGGUGAACACAGUAGUGAGUGGGGCCCUGGAUCGGCUGCAUUAUGAAAAAGACCCAUGUGUGAAAUACGACAUUGGGCGAAAGCUGUGGAUCUACCUGCAUCGGGACCGGAGCGAGGAGGAAUUUGAGCGGAUUCACCAAGCACAAGCAGCUGCAGCUAAAGCCAGAAAAGCCCUUCAGCAAAAACCCAAGCCUCCAUCCAAGGUGAAGUCUGGUAGCAAGGAGAGUUCAUUGAAAGUCCUCAGCAGUGGCCCUUCUGAGCAGAGCCAGAUGAGCCUCAGUGACUCCAGCAUGCCUCCCACUCCAGUCACACCUGUGACCCCCACCACUCCGGCUCUGCCUGCCACUCCGAUCUCCCCUCCUCCUGUGUCCUCGGUGAACAAAAGCGGCCCUACUCCUGUCUCAGAGCCAGCGAAAUCUAGCUCAGGUGUUCUUCUGGUGUCUUCACCCACAAUGCCACAGCUAGGAACAAUGCUCUCCCCAGCUUCCAGCCAGACUCCACCAAAUUCUCAGGCAGCCGCCCGUGUGGUGAGCCACUCUGGCUCGGCUGGACUGCCCCAGGUGCGGGUGGUGGCCCAGCCUGGCCUUCCUACUGCUACUCAGCAGUCAGCAGGGCCGACUCAGACACUGCCACAGAUGCCAGCAGGACCACAGAUGCGCGUUCCAGCCACUGCUACUCAGACCAAAGUUGUGCCACAGACAGUAAUGGCCACCGUGCCGGUCAAAGCUCAGACUGCGGCGGCCACUGUGCAGCGGCCUGGACCUGGGACAGGGCUCACGAUGACAAGUCUCCCUGCCACAGCCAGCCCCGCGAGCAAGCCAGCCACCAGUUCUCCUGGGAGCUCCGCUCCGAGUGCUUCCACAGCUGCUGUCAUUCAGAAUGUCACAGGACAGAACAUUAUCAAGCAGGUGGCAAUCACUGGGCAGCUUGGUGUGAAGCCCCAGGCAGGCAGCAGCAUUCCACUCACAGCCACUAACUUCCGUAUCCAGGGUAAGGACGUAUUGCGUCUGCCACCCUCUUCCAUCACCACAGAUGCCAAAGGCCAGACGGUUCUGCGAAUCACUCCGGACAUGAUGGCCACGUUGGCCAAGUCCCAGGUUACCACAGUGAAACUGACCCAGGACCUCUUUGGGACGGGAAGCGGCACUUCGGGCAAAGGCAUUUCUGCCACCUUACACGUCACUUCUAAUCCAGUCCACGCGACGGAUAGCCCUGCCAAGGCCAGUUCGGCCAGUGCCCCUUCGUCCACUCCAACAGGUACCACCGUGGUUAAAGUGACUCCUGACCUCAAGCCAACAGAAGCCUCCAGUUCAGCUUUUCGCUUGAUGCCGGCACUUGGUGUGAGUGUGGCAGACCAGAAGGGGAAAAACACAGUGGCUUCUUCAGAAGCAAAACCAGCUGCCACGAUCCGCAUCGUGCAGGGCCUGGGCGUGAUGCCCCCCAAAGCAGGCCAGACCAUCACAGUUGCGACCCAUGCCAAGCAAGGGUCCUCAGUGGCCAGUGGGUCUGGAACUGUCCAUACUUCGGCGGUGUCCUUGCCCAGUAUGAAUGCUGCCGUGUCCAAGACUGUGGCCGUGGCCUCUGGGGCUGCAAGCACCCCCAUCAGCAUCGGGGCAGGAGCCUCUGCUGUGCGGCAGGUCCCUGUCAGCACCACAGUUGUUUCCACGUCCCAGGCUGGGAAGCUGCCUACGCGGAUCACAGUUCCUCUCUCUGUUAUUAGCCAGCCUAUGAAGGGCAAAAGUGUGGUCACGGCCCCCAUCAUCAAAGGCAACCUUGGAGCCAACCUCGGCGGGUUGGGCCGCAAUAUCAUCCUGACCACCAUGCCAGCGGGGACUAAGCUCAUUGCCGGCAACAAGCCAGUUAGUUUCCUCACUGCCCAGCAGUUGCAGCAGCUUCAGCAGCAAGGCCAGGCCACACAGGUGCGCAUCCAGACUGUCCCUGCAUCCCAUCUUCAACAGGGAACAGCUUCUGGUUCCUCCAAAGCAGUCUCCACUGUUGUUGUGACCACAGCUCCAUCUCCUAAACAGGCACCUGAACAGCAGUGA